AGUGACCUGAGUAAUGUCAAUCUGAGCACCUAAAACGAACGAUAUAAGCAUAUCAAUUUUACAACGGGAAAACAAGCCAAGGGUUCAUUCAUCUCUAUUUAAACCUAUUUUUCUCUAUUGUUCAGAGUCUACGUGUGCUAAUAUCAACCUUUGGGGAUCUGCUAACGAAUCAUAACUUUGUAACGCUUGGAAUUAAUUGUCUCUUCAUGUUACUCUUCAAAUUCAAAUCCUAAAAGACAUGGAUAUUAUUCAUUUAUUCUUCAUUGUUGGAAUCGUUUGUUUUCAUCCAAUAUCAUUGGCAUUGGCUACCAGGUUAAAUGCUAAAACUUACAAGCCAUGUGCAGUUCCAGCAGUAUUUGCUGAACAAUUUACGAAAGAAGACUUGGAGAGCUGGAAAGAUCGAUGGUUCUCACCAUCAGGUAAUCGAGUAGGAUCAUUUAAUCUUGUAGAAGCACCAAAUAAACAUUUGGUAAAUGAAUACGGGCUCAUUACUACUGCUCCAAAGGAGCAACAUGUUAUUUUCAGUAAUUUUGACGUACCGAUUACAAGAGAAACUCCCUUUAUUCCCAUUGCUUUGUCUUUUCAAGUGAAGCCUACUGUAAGAUGGGACUGUGGACAUGCUAAUAUCAAGGUUGCCAGUCAAGAUUAUCGUCCUUUUGAAUAUAGAAAAGCUAUUCCUCCUUUGAUAGAAUUUGGUGUGAAAAAAUGUGGCUUAUACGACUACGUAUAUUUCUCUUUUGGCAGUUAUGACCAUCAAAGCAUCUAUCAUUUGAUCAAUCCUCCACGUAGCGAGUUGACGGAAGAUGUGACAAAUAUGUAUACACUUCUUUUGCGCGAUUCUACUUAUACAAUUCGAAGGAAUAAACAAAUUAUUGCGCAUGGGGAUGUACAAAAGAGUUUUACUGAAUCCCCUACAAAACGAUCAUCGUUUCAACACGAAACUUACAAUGCAGAGGGAGUUGCAAAUGAGACUUCCUACUAUACCCCAAGCAAUGUCUUUCGUCGCCUUUUGUUACAAAAUGAACCAUAUCCGCUUAGCGCUAAAGGAAUCGAGCUGGAUGUUUGGAGUGAAGUACCUGGUAUUUUCGUGAAUAAUAUAUUUUUUGGAUUCUCUGAAAGUGAUGUUAUGCUUUUUGAGAAUGAGACUUUUGAUCUGAAAAACUUAUUAGAAUCUAGCCAGGUUUCGAACAGCGUUGAGUCUGAUGAUGGAAUCGUACGGAUGUUACUAAAACUAACCAUAACUAACCUGAAAAAUGCUUGUUCGUACAUAUAUGAUGCCACUUAUGUUUCUGUUUAUGAUUAUUUUUACGACAUUUGGAUUACAGAAGGUAGAGUUCUACCGAAGGAAGCAUGGAAAUAUACUUUCCAUGCCAUAUCCAUACUUUGUGUAAUUUUUUGUCCAAUUCUUUACUGGAUGUUCAAAUUAUGAAAAGAUGUAUUAAUUGUUUGCAGAAUUAACCUAUAAUAAUAUAUAUAUGAUGUUGAAAUGAGAUAUGUAAAUAAUGUCGUUUCAUGCUUGAAAAAGCAACCUAAUCAACUGGGUCAUAUCACAGCAUGUAUUUUUUUAAAAGCCAAG